UCAAUAAGGUACGCGAACCAGUCGGCUCCCUUCUGGGACUUCAUUGCAGGCCUUGAGAACCAAGGCCCAACUCAGUCCUUUGCCGGACCUGCGGGAGGCCAUCAUGGUCCUCACAAUGAGAGACGCCCCAAUUCACCUCCUGGUGAGAAUCCGCCGCCAUUCCAUCCGGAGGGCGGCCCUCACCCGCCUCCGCCUCACCAUGGCGAACAUCCGCACCCACCUCACCACGGCGAACACCCACCUCCGCCGCCUCACAUGGAAGGACAACCUCCCUUCCCCCACUCUGAAGAACCUCCUCCCCCUCCACCAGGCCCCCACAACGGCCCUGGCCCCGUAGGCCCGGACGGUGAGCACAGGUCUCCCCGUCAUGGUGGUCACGCACACCCAAACCACCAUCACCGUGGCUCGCGUGGCCGUGGUGGUAGGUCCUUUGGAGGACACGACAGAUUCGGCCACCGCGGCCCUCCUCCCUUCCCCCUAGGGGGUAUUGAUUUCGCCGGCCUGGCGGAGAUGUUCCAGCGCCAGCUCUUCGGCGAACAAGGACGUGAGAGCGAGUCGAAGGAAGAAGGUGCGCAGGACGACUUCCAGCCCGAGGCUGAUGUCUUCGACACCGAGACGUCAUAUGUGGUUCAUGUUUCGCUUCCGGGCGCGAAGAAGGAGGAUGUCGGUGUCAGCUGGGACUCGGAAAAGAGCGAGCUUAACGUCGCCGGUGUUAUCUACCGCCCUGGCGAUGAAGACUUCCUCAAGACUCUUGCCCUCGAUGAGAGAAAGGUCGGUGCCUUUCAACGCAAGAUCCGACUUGGCAGCCGCGCGAACCCUGCGCAGGUCGACGAUGAUGCCAUUUCUGCCAAGCUUGAGGAUGGCGUGCUCAGGGUAGAAGUACCCAAGCUUGACAAGGAUUAUGUCGAGAUCAAGAAGGUCGACAUUGAGUAGGAUUCUGGUACGGAAUGAGCGGGAUACCCUGAGGUGGUUGGAAGGAAAUGACAAAGAAAUGACAAGGUAAUGGGCGUUUGGGUUUAAGUCGUCAUUUGAUAGUUCUAAGGAAAAAGAGAAAAGCAUAAAAAAAUGUCCAUUCCUUUUCCAAACAAAGCCCUG